AUGGAGGCGUCUUCAAACGGCUCUAGUUUCGGCAUUGACUCGCUGCUGUCGCACCGGGCCGGGAGUCCUCUGAAGGGCAGUGUGGAGGGCAGCUUCAGCCCGCGCUCGGACGCGGAGAGCGGCUGUUCGUCUCCUCCGUCUCCCCGAGAUGAGAGCGUGGCGCAGCGAGCGGCGCUGGGCCUGCCGCAAAUGCAGCAGCUGUCCGGGGGCCCGCAGAGAACCGUCACCUCCUCGUUUCUCAUCCGGGACAUUCUCGCGGACUGUAAGCCCCUAGCCGCGUGCGCGCCCUACUCCAGUAACGGGCAGCCCGCGCAGGAGGCGGGCCGCCUGGCCUCCAAACUGCAGGAGCAGGACUUCAUGGACAAGAUCCACAGCAACUCGUCCUCAGACAGCGAGUACAAAGUGAAAGAAGAGGGCGAGCGGGAGAUCUCCAGCAGCCGGGACAGUCCGCAAGUGCGACUGAAGAAGCCCCGCAAAGCCCGCACCGCCUUCACCGACCACCAGCUGGCCCAGUUAGAGCGCAGCUUCGAGCGGCAGAAGUACCUCAGCGUGCAGGACCGCAUGGAGCUGGCCGCCUCCCUCAACCUCACCGACACACAGGUCAAGACGUGGUACCAGAACCGCAGGACGAAGUGGAAGCGCCAGACGGCCGUGGGUCUGGAGCUGUUGGCCGAAGCCGGCAACUACUCGGCGCUGCAGCGAAUGUUCCCGUCGCCGUACUUCUACCCCCAGAGCCUGGUCUCCAACCUGGACCCCAGCGCGGCCCUGUACCUGUACCGAGGCCCCUCCGCCGCCCCGCCCCCGUCUCUCCAGCGGCCCCUCGUACCCCGCAUCCUCCUCCACGGCCUGCAGGGCGGCGCCGGCGAGCCCCCACCCCCGCCGCUCCCACCCAUGUCCGGAGUCCUGUCCCGGGUCACGCAACAGCGGUGA